UUUUGAAAUUAUUAUCUUUCACUUCAAGUGGAGGCCCUUUGCCUAUCCCAACUAAAGGAAAAUCAUACAUGUCGGCCGGAGAGAAGAGAAUCACUCUUUACAAAAAGUGCUUUCUCAUGAGACUUUAAAUUAAUUUCCAUUGUAUUUAGAAGAAAGAAGAAGAAGCAGCAACCAUGGGACUACUGUUACAUGAUUCACCUGCUCCUGCUUUGAAUGGAUUUUGUGAGGCAGCAUCAUAUUCUUCACCUGUUCCUUGGAUUGGCCUCUACAUUGCAGCUGCAACAAUGGUAUGCUUCUUCUGCGUGAGUUUUGACUUGGUGCAUGCAUUCAUUCACAAGAAGCCAUUCGUGCCAUGCAAAUUGUUCCCUAUGAAUGCAUUCACCUUGACUGUCUUAGGAGUUGCCACAAAACUCCCAGUUGAUCUUACCACUUGUAUGCCUAGAAUUGAGGAUCAACUCUCUAAGCUCACUAGCAUUGGAUUGUUGUGCACCUCACUUGGAUUUUAUGUUCCUUCUCUGGGGACUAUGGACACAUCUGAGCGCUACGGCAACAUGGCAGCACUGACCGUGACCGUGAUUACUAUGGUUGUUAAUGUGUGUAUGCAACUGGGCACAGGUGUGAUCUUUGCCUUUAGGAUAGAACAUCUCAUCAUCAUGGUUUCCAUCUUACUAUUGCUUCUGUUCAUGUGGUCUUCUGCUAUAGCAUUUAGAGGCCAAACUGAGUUCUGGCCAACUUAUUAUAGAUCCAGACCUUCUUUAGAUCCCAAGAACAAUGAAAAAGAUGUGAAGGGAUUAAGAAAACUAUUACUCAAGUUUCAUGUACUCAACUAUACAGGAAACCCUCAGACAUUGUUAUGUGAAACUUCGAAUCAUCACACUAUUUCCUUUCUAUGUUCCCUUUCAUCACUAGUUGUCUUACAAGCCAUGUUGAGGUCCUUUUCCAGGUUUUCUGCUCCAAGAUUUGAGUCCUCUGAUUACCAAUGGUCGAUUCCCUACUUGAUUGUACUUUUGCCAUCUUCUGUAGAUGGUUUUCUCUUCUUAUUCACACUGACCCCACCAGUGAUGAUAAUGUUCUAUGGGCACAUAAAAAGGAAUAUUCUCCAGAAAGAGAAUUAGAACAUCUCAAGUUGAAGACCUCAUCUCUUAGGUUCCUCAACAAAAGUCUCUCUAAUGGGUUUCUAAUUGCCAAAGACUUUAUCAUGGACGCGCUUAUACGCACACAAAUCGUGUUGUAUACAUGUAGCAGUCUCUUCAUUGCGAUCCCGAUUUACACUGUUAAGAAACUCUUGGAAUGUCUACUUCCAUUUGAACAUGUUUUCCCUGAGAACACAGAGGAAAUUGAAAAUAUGUUACAACAAUUGUCAACCUCUGGGUCCAAAAUAACCAUGCAAGAUAUAAUUUUGGAAUUUGCAUUAUCAUCUCUGGGUGGAACUUUUGAUUCUUGGAUAACUAAGAAGGCCAUUGCUGACAUGAUGAGAUGGUCGAAUAAAUGUAAGAGUGACUGUCCAACCAAUCUCAUCCAAUUAAUAUCAAAAUCAGAAUGCAAGAGAGGAGAAAAUGGCGAUUUCAAAACAAAACUAGAAGAAAAAGGGACUCAAUUUUUUACGAGGUUCGACAAUGAAGGCAAUUUUGUGUACAGAGUUUCAUGUGUAUCAGUCUUGGUCCUCUCAAGUUUUCUUGAAGAAUUCAUGGCAACUUCUCGUUGGGAAUCUCUAAGGCAGAGCUUAAAUGAGUCAUUUGAAAUCCUUGAGUAUGUUGACAAGAGCAAUACUCCCAACAUGGGAGAUGAAACAAGAUGGACAUCAACAAAAGAAUUGUGGGCUCAUUGGGAGAAUUCCAAGCAUUGGUUCCGAACUAAGAUCAUCUCGCAAGCAUUCAAGAAGAAAUCCGAAAAAUCUGAAUCCGGUGAUGUUCUUAAGGAAGCUUGUUGCACUAUAGAAAAGGAUUUUGAAGUUGAUGGAAAUGUUCUUAUUGAUACCAAAGGUGCUGGUGGUCCGUUGGCUUCAAAGCAUGAGAAUCUGAUUAAAGCUGAGUUUGUAAUAAUUUCUAAAUUCUUAGGAGCUGAGGAGUAUGGGAAUCUUUACGAUUUUUUAGAGAAGUGUUUUGUACAGAUGCUAUGUUAUUUUCUCUCCAAUCUCCCACUGGCCAUAUUGAAGGAGAUCGAUGGAGAUGAUCCAACUGAAAUAGGCGAAGGAAGAGUGAGAAAAGCCUUGAAGUUUCUUGUUGAACUUGAGUUGUUAAGUGACAAAUUAGGGGACAAAAUCGAAUGGUCAUGGUCUGAUAAGUCUGAUCCUGCAAAUCAAGGAAAUGAUGAGAACCUCAUCACUCGCUUAGUUGCUCGGCAAUGUGGUUCUGAGGUUAAUAAGGCUGAAAUUUCGAUUGUUGUUGAUAGAAAGGUUGACAAUAUUGAUGCUUCCCUUGCUGCUACUUCCGCUGGAAGAGAUGAUGACGGUGAUACAAUUAGAGAAAUUUGAUUUAAUAUGAGUGUUUGAAUACAAUAUCAGUGCUUCUGCUUCUGUUUUAUUUCUGGUUUAUUUGCAUAGGUUUUUCCAUUCCUGAAUACGACUAUUGUAUUUUAUGUUUUUAAUUAAUUAAGUUUCCUAGCAACUAUUUGGUGGUUUAUUGAGAUUAAAUUUUCUAUUA